GAGUGUGAGGGUAGGAAGCAGCAGAGGGAGAAAAAAUCACAGAAAACAAAGAUUUGAGCAGAGAGGAUAUGGACAUGUUCAGGCCAACCUGGCAACUGUUAAGGAAGAUCACUUAGCAGGAUUAAAUGUGCCUAAAUUGACACAUUAAUACUCAUAAGUAUGUCUGAUAUACAGGCCAACCAAAGGAAACCAUCCACCAACAAGAACAUCAGGAAGCUGCGCACUAUUAGCAAGGUGUGCAGCCUGACGGGCAGCUGGCAGCAAUGGGUGACAGAGAAUGAGAAGAAGCAGGCCAGUGAACCCAGCGGCUGGGCUCCAUCUUCGCUGGGAGGACCAGUGGGAGAACCCAAAAAGACAUGGGAACCUAAGAAGCCUCCUCCCAUUCAGAUCCAACCAACAGAAGCUUCUCAAUAUCACAUAAUCAGAUCUGGAGAGGCUCAAAAGACAUUAACUCCUCACAAGGAGACCAAAGAUACCACCAAGACUGAGGAGGUCAAGACCCCAGCUGAGCCACCAUCUCACAACAAGGUAAAGCAAGGGGUGAAGCCAGUGACCAGCGGGGUUCAGGAGAAAAGUGCUGGCAUCGGGCUCAUGACUGAGAGGAUCAAGAAGGAGUCUCUGCCAUCGGGUGAGGAGAUUGACCGGCUUCUGAAAAAGAAAAGCUCGCCUACACGCCGCAGAAAAUGCUCCAACAUGGUAUCAUCUCUGACCAAAAGCUGGAAGCAGGUGGAGAAAGAGCAAAAGCUUGAAAAAGAGGCAGGAGGACGAGGAGAGAGACGCACCUGUGGUGGUGAGGAAGAUGACAGUGGACGCCAUGAGGCAGAGAAGGAGAGGCUGGACAUAGAGGAUGCUCAAACACACAGGACAAGCUUUUUGAAAGAAGCCGAGCAAAACGACUCUGAAGGAGAGUCUGAGUCAGCAUUGAGGAUUAAAAGACCCCCGGUGCCAACGUACAAAAAGGAAGCUGGGGAUGCCAACAAGAUCAACGCCCUCUCCAAGAAAUACAGCACUGUGGGAAACCUCAAGAGCCGCUGGCAGAACUGGGCCUCAGAGCACAACGUUAACCAGAAACUGAACCCCUUCAGUGAAUAUUUUGACUAUGAUUACUCCAUGUCCCUCCGCCUCCAAAAGGGCGAAGAGGGUUACGGUCGCCCCAAGGAGGGAACCAAAACAGCAGAGAGAGCCAAACGUGCCGAGCAACACAUCCACCGUGAGAUAGCUGACAUGUGUUACGUGAUCAGGACAAUGGCUGAUCCGGAUCCAGACGGAGAGAUCCGCGUCACGUUUGGACAGCUGUUUGACAGAUAUGUUCGGAUCUCUGAUAAGGUGGUGGGGAUUCUGAUGAGAGCCAGGAAACACGGGAAGGUGGCGUUUGAAGGGGAGAUGCUGUGGCAAGGCCAGGAUGAUGAAGUGAUCAUUACUCUGCUGGUGUGAUGGUAACACCUAGGUCAAAGUUGUAAUAGAAAUCCUCUUACAACUACUUGUGAAUUAACCUCAGUCAUUAUCAAGCAGGGCUAAGAGCAGGAUUUAAAAUACAAUUUGACCUGUGUCUAUUUAGUGGACACUUGUAGAACAAUAUCAAAGUAAUAUGGAAAUGGUGUGGAGUGGGAUUAUCCAAAGAAUAUUUUGCUGCUAUUAUUGUACUCUUUCUUUCUGUGUGGUGGAUAUUUGAGUUGUAGCUGUCAUGCACAUGUUUUGAGAAAUCUGCUAUCUUUAAAGUUCUAGAUUUUGGUUGCUUAAGUUUGCAUUCAGUGUUGGUCUCCUUUGCACUUUUUUAUGGUUUACAGUAUGUUAAUGAGAUACUUCAUUUGCCUAUGUGUUAAUGUACCAAAUAACCAGCAGCUUUGCAGUACAGUGCAGCACAGUAAUUCAAACACAGAUUGGGUUUCAUUGCCUGAAUACCUGCAGCUCAGCAGUCAUUAUACUGCACCGGGCACAAUGCAGAGAAACAGAGCAGACCACAGCACUUUUAAAUUACAUGGCCUGUUAGACUAAGUCUGUAAUGAUUAAUGUAAAGGGGGACUAUGACUGUCUGGGGGAAAAGAAAAACGUUUCUUUUCACAUCCAGUUUUUUUGUCUUAGUAUGAGUUUGUUGAAUCAUACAGAAACAAUGUUAGCAGAUCAUUUUAGUGUUUGACAAAUAAGGCAAACUGAAGAUGCUAUUUGUUUUCUUUUUUGAAACAAUUUCUGCAGAAAUCAUGCCGUAUUGAGCCAUUCUCUGCAUUUUUCAUGUAGGCAUUUGCUUGCACUCUCAUUAAAGUGCAGUAAAGCUCUCAUAAAUCUAUAGUAUAUAGUAUAAACUAGAUCAACAUCAAAGUUAGUAAACUGCAAUAACGGAUUUUGUUGCCACUUGGGGGCAGCAGAAACAAGUUGUGAGUACAACAUUGACAUAUCAUCACUUUUUAAGUUGACAUGGUGUUUGUAAACAGUUCCUUAUUUACACAUUCAGCAGAUAUGGUGCAACAUUAUAAUUCUUUGGGUGUUGUGUUUGUGUCCACCUGAUUGUGUCUCUUUUAGCUCUGUUUUUGGUUUCUACCAAAUCUUGAACAAAAUAGGUGUAUGUUUAGCUGCUAA